GUAACUGGGGCCACGAUAUCUUUCGGUGGAGCAUCGACGUUUCAAAUUGAGUGUGUUCAGUCAGUUUUCACGAAGUUGCUAUAGAAUUGAGCGGUGGCUUCAAUUAAAGGUCAAUCCACGGUACAAUUGAACGCGCUAGCCAGUUGGAGUAGGGUCGAAGCUGGGAAAAGCCACUAACAAAAAAAAAAACGCUGAAAGGUUGUAGUGAAAACGUGCACGCUACACUUUCAGAUCCAGUUAGCGGGAGUUGAUGUCUUGUUUCGGUUAUUUACUAGCUUUUCGAAGAGUUCUGGAUGGUGGCAGUUUGGCACACAUGCUUUGUUUUAGUUUGGUAGCGUCGUGAGCGGGUCAGCAUUUCCGUCGCGGGUUGUGUGCAGGUGUAAAGUGCAAGAAGUGUCGUCUGGGCUGGUGUAACCUACCAACAUGCUAAGAGGGAUAAUAUGAUGACUUUCGGUGCAUUGUUUUGACUAAGCGAACUAGUUGACUCCAGCGUAUUCUGCUGAUUUCCGACCCUAAACCAGCGUCUCUUGAUACGAGAAUAUCCAGCAGAUGGGUUCGAAGGCCAAAUUUUCGCGUCGGGAUCAUAAAUAAUCGGACAUUCUUAAGUGCAAGGAGAAGGGGAAGGCAGGAUUACAGACGCUUUAAGGACCCAAGGACAUCUCCAACCGAUGACCAAUUAAACUUCUUCGCUGGUCAUCCCGUUUACACCAGUUUUUCGAGGGUGAUGACAUACUAAAACGUCAUCUCAAGGACGCUAGUCUCCUACCACCUGUCAGCUGCAUCAGCCCACUACAGAGCGCCGGAUCAGCAAACGUCACAUAAUGUACCCUUCAUAGGAAGUUCAGAAUCGGGAGGAGAGGAAACAGGGGCCCAAAAUUCUGACAUAGUUCCCGCGCAUACUCAUAGCGGAGUCUGCUGCCUCAGCGUGUUGCCAAUUGUCAACAUAGAGUCCCAUCGAUGCUAUUUUGUUCUGGAACGCCUGUGUAUGUGCAGGUGCGAUAAUUUUUUACCCUAUUUUCUGCCUCACUAUCCAGUGCACGCUCAUUCAACCGUUUAGCGUCGGUACGCGCUGUAUGAGUAUCAAAAUAAACGAUAAAGUCCGAUAACAACAAUACAACUUGUUGUUGUUGUUUAUUUCUGCCCUAUCGUUUUACCCUCGGUGCAAAGUUAGUAUUACAUAGCAGGAGUGUGGCUUUGCGGUCAAAUAUAUAUCGGAUGGUGUUUUCGCAAAACGGAUGAGAAUUUCGUACGGAGAACGUUCAGCGGAGCGUGUCCUUUUCCACCCAUAUCAGCUGUAAAUGCAUUGGUGGAGUGAUUUGCGUGAGUGCCAGUUGGGAAUCUAGAAUACUCGUCGCGAAGGUGGUGCAGUUGCAAUAGUCCUUGAUACGGGAUUUUCGGCCAGAUUAUCUGUUGCUAUCCGACAGAGGAGAAAAUGGCUGAAAACGAAACAAUCGGACCGAACUGUGAUGAGAAUCAUGUGAGUUUCUUGCAUGCUGCAUAUGAAUAUGAAGUACCUGAGGAAAAUUACAACUUGCCAUACCAUCAAACAAAUAAUGUUGUGCCUGGCGAAGCAGUAACAGUAAAAAUUGAUGUACCAGUGCCUUUACGUGAAGAACCAAAAUUUCCUAAAGAAAAAUGGAAAACAUUUGUUUCAUUUCUAAUAUUAGCAGCAAAUUUUAUUUUGGCAACUGUGUCCUUAUCUCUUGUACACGAGAGGCUACCGGAUCGAGAGGUCUAUCAUCCGUUACCCGAUAUUGUUUUAGAUAAUAUAACUCCACAAGAAUGGGCACUUAAUGUUAGCGAAGUUCUUAUUAUGAUAGUUGUUAACUCCUGUAUAUUAUUAAUAAUAUUUCAUAAGCACAGAUUUAUUGUAAUGCGCCGCGUGUUUCUCAUAAUGGCCGUACUGUAUUUUAUGCGUUCGAUAACAAUGUACGUUACUGUUCUACCGGUUUCCAGUACGACAUACUAUUGUAGUCCAAAAGCGAAUUCAACGACUCCCCUUGUUAUUGCGAAGCGGGUGUUUCAGCUGAUAUCCGGUUUUGGACUAUCUAUAAAUGGAAAGCACACAUACUGCGGUGAUUCGAUAUACAGCGGUCACACCGUGAUGCUAGUCUUAGGAUAUCUAGUUAUAGCAGAAUACUCGCCAAGACGAUUUUAUUUACUACAUUGGACCGCAUGGGCAACAGCGCUUGCAGGUGUGAUAUUUGUGUUAAUUGCACAUGGUCACUACACGAUCGAUGUAAUUAUUGCCUACUACGUUACAACCCGCCUGUUCUGGACGUACCACACGUUAGCCAACAAUCAUUUCCUGUUGAAGAAACGACGAACACUUAGAGAAUGGCCAUUAUUGAUGUGCAGCACGAUUGUGCAAUCGGGCAGCAACAAUUACAUAGGUCGCGAAUGGUGGUACACCUACUUCAAAUAUUUCGAGAAGAAUGUUCGCGGCCCAGUACCAAGACAAUACGAAUGGCCACUACCCUGGCCACGACAAUUCCAUUCCAAAUUGCCGAAUCGUGAAAGUUAACAAAACGCAAAAGUCUGACUUUUAAUGGAAUCAACAACAUCCACCACCAUCACCGCCACAUCAACCGAGCACAUUUUUAAGAAUAUCAAUUUUAUAAGAGAUCACCGUAGAUUCCACCGUAACCACUACAAGCUCCUGAUGCCGGAACAACAAUGCCACCAUCAUUCAGAUACAUUUCAACUGCAACAGCAACAACAAAUCAAUGAAAAAGAUACAAACUAUUAUAGAAGUAAAAUUCGUACGUUAGUUAGUUGUAUAGGGUUUAAUUUAAAUAGCAAUUUGAAUGUAAUGCGGAUAGCAAGUAAGGGCAGUUCGGGUCCCGGGGCUGGGCGUGGCAAGGACAAGCGCAAGGACGACGCCAGUCCCCGCCUGGAGAGCGCCAGGAGCAAUGUUUGUUACUCGAAACUGAACAGUAGCGGCAGCUGCCUGAGCAACUGCAACGAGAACACCAGGAACUUCGUCAAGGACUAUUUGCUUGUUUUCGGUAAAUACAAGACCUUCAAGAAUAGUUAACAAAUUGCUGGUACACCAGGAGAGGUACACCGUCUACUACUAGGAAUACAAUAUUUAAUAGAGUCCUUCGAGAUGCGCAUUUUUUGUAUGUUGCUGAUAGGAAACAAAACAUGAAACAAAUUCAA